AGAGAUUUUCUGAUCAGCAUCCUUGCUCUUUAUCUUGGGUAUAAGACGAUUGAAACUGGUCAAAGUAGUGCUGGAAAAGUGUGAAGUAUCAAAUUUAAAAAAGUCAUUUCAACAAGGUCUUCAGCUAUGGAUGACUGGUGCCUGUUCGACGGAGACACUCUGCUACCCAUCCUUCCUCCGAUACUCCUCAUUGAGUUUGUAGUAGGAGGUCUGUGCAAUGGGAUUGCUCUCUGGAUUUUUUGUUUUCACAUUAAGACUUGGAAUAGCAGUAUCAUAUUGCUGUUCAACCUGGUGCUGGCCGAUUUUCUGCUACUGCUUGCCUUGCCUUUCCGAACCAAGUACUACCUGCAGCAUAAGAACUGGACCCUUGGUGAUGAAUUUUGCAGGAUCAACCUGUUCAUGCUAGCAAUGAACCGCACUGGGAGUAUCUUUUUCUUAACUGCUGUGGCUCUGGACCGUUACUUUAAGGUGGUUCACCCAUACAGCCGGCUGAGUGCCCCAUCUGUUGCCAAGACUAUCUGUACAUCCUGCAUUCUUUGGCUGAUAGCCACCUCCAUGACAGCCUAUAUCCUAGUGAAACCUAAGCUUAAGAACGACACAGGAGUGAAUCAUUGUGAAAGCUUUGCCAUCUCUCUCUCCUUUGACUCGCAUAGUUUGUGGCAUUGCAGCCUGUUUCUGCUGGAGAUCUUCCUUCCACUUUGCAUUGUGCUGUACUGUACCUGCCAUUUUGUUCGAAAACUCCAAAAAAGAGAACUCAGCAAGCAAGGUCGCAUUCAGAAGGCUAUCCGGCUAACUAUUGUGGUAAUCAUAGUCUUCCUCCUGUGCUUCCUGCCAAGUAGUCUUACCAGUAUUGUGAUUUGGAUCAAGAGAAUCUCAUACCAUAAGGAGUGUCAGAGCUUCAAAGUGUGGGAUGACACCUUCUACAUCACUAUGAGCCUGACAUACAUGAGCUGUGUGAUGGACCCUGUCAUCUAUUGCUUUUCCAGCACCACAUUCCAAGAGCUUUAUUUCUUCAAGGUAUGGAACGCUUUUAAAAAGAAAACAGUUACAGGGGUCACGGAUAUAAGACCACAACAAUCAGAGGACACAACUAUUGCUAGCGAAAGACCUGCUAACCAUUUGCUUGUUCAUCAGGGCACAAUGGACAGAUUAGUACUAUAA